ACGGUCCGCGGCUAAAAUGGGAAGUAACUGAAUCUGAAAGGUGAAAACGGAGCGUCAAAAAGGAAAGGACAUCACAAUUACACAGAGGCAAGAGAGGACCGAUUCAAAAAUCAAAACCAGCGAAAUGCAUAUUCAAAUCAUAUUCAAUGGAUUUCUUUGAAUCACGUGACUACAACAGCUUAAACCCUUCUCCUCCCCGCGAAAGAUCACAGCAAAUUUCUUUUGAUUAUCGAUGGCGUUAAAUUGAACCCGAAUGCUAUAGCUAUAGAAAUCGUGAAUUAUUCGAGUGUCGAUCCCUUAUGGAGGAGGCUGAUAAAAGCAUUGGUGUUGAUGGGGAAAGCUCUUCGAGGGUUUCGGCUGCUUCACCAUCCUGGUUGUUUGCUAGCAGGCAAAGAUUCAACAUUGAGCUGAGGCCUGGCGAGACCACCAUAGUUUCUUGGAAGAGGCUGGUCAAAGAUGCUCAAAACACGUCUCCUCCUUCGACUACCCGAAAGACUGAGGAUUCUCUGGAUGAGUGUCUUCAAGAUGACAAGUCAACAAUUAAACAGAACGGGUUACUUGUAAAUUCUGUGGAAUGCAUCAACAAACCUGAAUUGUCAGUGGCUCAACAAUCAAGAAAACGAAGUAAAAAUAUGGCCAAAGCUCAAGGAGAGAAAGUUGAUGAUUAUGUACCCAGUAAACAUGCAAAAGUGGAACUGGGGAGGCUAAAUUUUGCUGCAACAGAUGCAUUACCUGAAGAGCAAUCUUCUGCUUUCUUGCAGAACUUAGCUGCUAAUAGUGAACAGGACCAGAAAUUGCAUAACCUGUUGAGUUCUCCUGUAAGAUCUUCUAUUAAGAAACCUGCUGACAUUGGAACUGCAUCUGAGAAUUCUUCAUACACAGGAAUCUCAAAUAAUGAUGCUUCUAUAUCUCCUCUAAAUUUAAAGGAUGCUGGUAAGUGUAGGAGUGUAGCCAUCCACUCUAGGGAUAUUGGAAAUAAUUCAAACUCUGGAGCAACACAUCAGAAGCAUCUGGAAAAACAUUCUUGUAAACAACUUGAGUCACCAGUGAGAAAAUUGAUGACUGAUAUUGAUGAGGUGGGAAUUCCCACCAAAGUAGAGCAGAGGGAGACGAGGGGAUCUUGUGGUGAACUUCCGGAUCUUAAUCUUCCUGUUUAUCCUGUGCAACCAGAGAAAAGUCUCUCUGUGCAUUCAAAGGAUGUCUCUAAUUUGAGGCCAAAAGGAACAAUGCUUGAAAGGGCCAUCAGAGAGUUGGAGAAAGUUGUUGCAGAAUCGAGACUUGCAACUAUGGACGUUCAGGAUGUGGAUGCUUCAGCUGCUGCUAUCAAAAGAAGGUUGCCUCGUGAAGUGAAGCAGAAGCUUGCUAAAGUUGCCAGACUAGCACAAUCAAGCCAAGGGAGAAUAUCAGAGGAGUUAAUCAACAGGCUUAUGAACAUUCUUGGGCAUUCGGUGCAGUUGAGAACACUGAAGAGGAACUUAAGAGAGAUGGUUUUACUGGGACUCUCAGCUAAGCGAGAAAAAGCUGAUAGAUUUCGACAGAUUAAAAUGGAGGUCACUGAAAUGAUCAAAUUGCAGGCAUCUAAGCAAAGAGAUGUAGCAACUGAUGAUUAUCAGGAAGUGCUUAAUUCUGAAGAACAAGUAGUCCUUAAAGAACAAUACAGCAUGGAUAAUGCCAUGGAGGAUAAAAUUUGUGAUCUCUAUGACUUAUAUGUUCAGGGGAUGGAUGAAGACAAAGGUCCACAAAUCAGAAAGUUAUAUGUUGAGCUUUCAGAACUGUGGCCAAAUGGAAUCAUGGACAACCAUGGGAUUAAAACUGCAAUUCGUAGGGCAAAGGAACGCAGAAGGGCAUUGUGUGAUAAUGAUAAGGUCAGAGAGAAGGACAGGAGAAAGAAGCCUGCACAGAAACUGGAGGUUGGUGUUCGAGGGGAAGCUAGUUCAAUCUCUCAAUUGCAGGCUGUGCAAGAGAAGCAGACUUCUGAGCCUAGUAGUCAUGUUUUGGCAUUGCCUUGUAGGAUGAUUUCCUGUACAGAAACCAUGGAUGAGCACCUUGCUGCACCUCUGGAGAUUUCCAGCAUAUCACUGAAAGGUUCUAGCAUGGAUAUUUCUAAACAAGAGGAGAUUGAGAAAAUGACAAUCCCAAUGUUGAAAGAGCAAACGAAGCAGCAGCAGCGGGAAUUGGAGAACAGAGUGAAGAAAUUAUCCUUGAAACCGGAAAAGGAAUCUCGCAAAUCUCAUAAGCGGGCUAUUGGACACCCAGAUACGGCGAAGUACGAACUGGCUGCCCCCCCAAGCUGUGGACGUCCCCUCUGACUUUUCUUGUCUUAACUGGAAGUUUACAACUUGGAGAUGUGAGGCGAUGUAAAGUGCAAAUUUGUUUGUAUAAUUCUAGGGAAUCAGCUGAUUUUAGAUGCUUCUUUGUUGGUCAGUUGUGUUUCUGCUCUUGGCAUUAGGCUCAUUUCACAAUAGAGUAGAUAAGUAGCAUUACUACUGCUGUAGUUUAGAGUUGCCCUUUGAUAGCGAUAGCAAAAUGCUGUAUUUUUUUUUUCUUCUUGGAGAAAAAAAUUUGAGGGCAUUCAAACAUUGCCGAGGAAGGAUUCUUGAAUUUGUCACAAAUAAUGAAUUUAUUUUAUCUUGGAAAAUACAGAAAUUUUGUUAA